AUGGCUGGAUUGUGGCAGCAGCUCAGCUCCCUUCGGCAGGGUCGAGCUCUGGCUUUCCUCCACUUCGUUUGUCUUCUCUAUCCACCCUCAGGUGCUCUUCCCUGGGAUACCAAAGCCAGCCAGUCCCCUAUGGAGGGGUUUGAAGUGGUGAAGGGGAAUUUCUCUCGGACUUUCCUCCACGUGGGCUACCAUAAGAUAGCAGAGAUUCCUGCAGGGGCACGAAACAUCAACAUACAGGAGACAAUAAAGAGCCGAAACUACCUGGCUCUGCAGACCCAAACUGGCGUCUCCAUCAUCAAUGGAAACUGGGUGAUCGACAGGCCUGGGACUUUCACUGCUGUGGGAACACAGCUGAUGUACCGACGACCCAAUGAAAUCCGCUCUCGCAAUGGAGAGUCCAUCACUGCACCUGGGCCGCUGACUGAGGGCCUGCAAGUUUAUACAGUAGAUCCAUCCCACCCAGGGGAGAAAGUACACCAAGGUGACAACGCCAACAAUGACAUCACCAUCAAACCCAACCACGUUGCCUCUGACCCCAGCGCAAACUCUGACUCUCGAAUCACUUUCACCUGGACAAAGACUGGGCACACAGAGUGCAGUACAACCUGUGGCACUGGCAGCCGUCAAGCGCUCUGGGAGUGUGUUGAGAAGGAUUCACAGGAGACUGUUCCUGCUGACCUCUGUGACCCUGCCCUUGAACCAACAAACCGGGAAGAAGAAUGCAACAGCCAGCCCUGCCCUGCAUACUGGGACGUGGGGGAGUGGUCGGAGUGCAGCAGGAGGUGCGGACCCGGUGCUCAGCACCGGCAGGUCAUCUGCCGCCAGGUCACUCACGUCCAUGCCAAUGAGACAGAGUCCUCGGUUACUGUGGCACCAGAGCUGUGUGGGUCAUCUGAUAAGCCGGUGACCAAGUCUACCUGUCAGCUGAAAAUUUGCAGCCAGUGGGAGAUACGAUCUGAGUGGAGCCCGUGUUCAGUGCCAUGCGGCGUGGGCCAGCGCAGCAGGGAGGUGGUGUGUUUGAGUAACCAAGGUGAUGUGGAGGAGGAUGAGGAGUGUAACAUGAACCUAAAGCCAGACACGCUGCAAAACUGUGACAUGGGGGCCUGUGCACGCAGCUGGUUCACCUCCCUCUGGAGCCAACAGUGCUCUGCAGAGUGUGGUCGGGGCAAUCGAACCCGGACAGCAGUAUGCCUGAUGGAUCAUGUGACUGAUCUCCCACUGGACAGCUGCGAAGGGGAGCGCCCACCGGAAGUGACAUUUUGUGACUCAGGCCCAUGCCAAAACCGGCUAGAGUGGUAUACAGGACCUUGGGGUCAGUGUUCUGCAGAGUGUGGGAAUGGCACACAGACCCGAAGCGUGGCUUGUAUUUUCAACAACAAUGGUCAAAUGGAGGUUGUGGACGAGUCAAAAUGUUCUAGCCUGCAUCAGCCAAUCACAGCUCAGACCUGCAGACUGAAGCCAUGUGGUGUCCAGUGGUAUGUCACAGAUUGGAGUGCAUGUUCUCGUUCCUGCAACGGUGGCUACCGUGUGCGAGAGGUGCGCUGUCUUGCCGACAACAUUGCCCCAAGCGAGCUUUGUGACCCCAGUUUGAUCCCGGAGAGUCGAGAAGAAUGCAACAAACAACCUUGUGUAGCUGAGAUAAAUCCAUCAUGCAGUGACCAGUAUCAUAACUGUAUGGUGGUGGUUCAAGCCCGACUCUGCAUUUACCAUUACUACAAAAAUGUCUGCUGCGCCUCCUGCUCGCGUGCCCAGAAAACAUACCCUAAAGCGUUUCAAAAGAACCACAUCCGCAGGUGAUGCUGCCUCAGGAGGGUUAAAUUCACUUCAGGUCACAACUCUGUCUGAGAAAAAAAAAAAG